GCGCGCGGGGGCGGGGCGAAGGGGGGGUGGGACACGGCGAGCGGCAGGGCCACCCUAUGGAGACCCCGAUCCUGGCGGCGGCAGCACCCCGGGGUGCCCUCGACGAGGAGGAGGAAGAGCCCAGAGGGGAGGAGGAAGAGGAGGAGAAGGAGGUGAAGCAGAAGAUGAAGGAGGGGAAGGAGCAGGACGUGAAGGAGGAGGAGAGGGCGGCAGCACCCUGGGGUGCCCCCGGUGAGGAGGAGGAGGAGGGAGAGCCGAAAGGGGAAGGAGAGGAGGAGAAGGAGAUGGAGGUGAAGGAGAAGCUGGAGGUGAAGGAGAAGCUGGAGGUGAAGAAGCUGGAGGUAAUGGAGAUCCUGGAGGCAGAGGAGCUAGAGGUGAAGGAGAACCUGGAAGUGGAGAACCUGGAGAUGAAGAACCUGGAGGUGAUGGAGAACCUGGAGGUGAUGGAGAAGCUGGAGGUGAAGGAGAAGGUGGAGGUGAAGGAGAACCUGGAGGUGAAGGAGAAGCUGGAGGUGAAGGAGAAGCUGGAGGUGAAGGAGAAGCUGGAGGUGAAGGAGAAGCUGGAGGUGAAGGAGGACCUGGAGGUGAUGGAGGACCUGGAGGUGAAGGAGAAGCUGGAGGUGAAGGAGAAGCUGGAGGUUAAGGAGAAGCUGGAGGUGAAGGAGAACCUGGAGGUGAUGGAGAACCUGGAGGUGAUGGAGAAGCUGGAGGUGAUGGAGAAGCUGAAGGAGAUGGAGAGGCUGGAGGUGGAGAACCUGGAGGUGAAGGAGAACCUGGAAGUGAUGGAGAACCUGGAGGUGAUGGAGAACCUGGAAGUGAUGGAGAACCUGGAGGUGGAGGAGCUGGAGGAGGAGGAGGAUGAGGACGAGGAUGAGGAGGAGGAUGACGACGACGAGGAUGAGGAGGAGGAGGAUGACGAGGAGGAGGAGGAGCUGCCCUGGCGGGUGCCCUGGGAGGCCGAAGGGCGGGGCCUGGAGCUGCUGGCGGCGCUGGCGGCGCCGGUGGUGGCGGUGACCGAGACGGGGCGGCUGCUGGCCCAGCUGGCCCGCGCCCUGCCCCUGCCCGGCCUCGGCCACCUCAAGCGGGUGCGGGCGGGGCCCCGGGGCCUCGCCGUCCUCCUGGGCCUCGAGGGCGGCUGCCUCCGCGCCCUGGCGGCCCGCGGGGACCUCGCCGAUGACGACGGGGACCUUGGUGACGACGGGGACCUCGCUGGCGACGACGGGGACCUCGGGGACGAUGGGGACCUCCUCGGUGACAGGGACCUCGGUGACGGAGCUGCCGGCCAGGGCGGAGGUGGCGGGGACGCCGGUGGGGUUGAGGAUGUUGGGGCUCUUGGGGACAUCAGGGGCCUUGAGGACACUGGGGCUCUUGGGGGCAGCAGGGGUCUUGGGGACACCGGGGGCCUUGAGGACAUCAGGGCUCCUGGGGACACCAAGGCUCUUGGGGACACCAGUGGCCUUGGGGACGCCAAUGGGCUUGGGGACACCAGGGGCCUUGAGGACACCGGGGCUCUUGGGGACACCAAAGCUCUUGGGGACACCAAAGCUCUUGGGAACACCAGGGUUCCUGGGGACACCAAGGUGCCUGGGGACACCAGGGGUCUUGGGGACACUGGGGCUCUUGGGGACACCAAGGCGCCUGGGGACAUCAGGGCUCCUGGGGACACCAGGGGUCUUGGGGACACUGGGGCUCUUGGGGACACCAGAGCCACCAGGGAUGAUGGAGAUGUGGAAGACGCCAUGGACAUUGGAGGGUUGUGGGGUGACGGAGGUGUUGGGGACGCUGGGAGUUGGGACACCAGGGCUCCUGGGGGCACCAGGGGCCUUGGGGACAGCAGAGCCACCAGGGAUGAUGGAGAUGUGGAAGACGCCAUGGACGUUGGAGGGCUGUGGGGUGAUGGAGGUGUUGGGGACACUGGAGCUCUUGGGGACACUGAAGCUGCCAUGGACAUUGGAGGGCUGUGGGAGGAUGGAGGUGUUGGGGACAUCAUGGCCCUUGGGGCCACCAGAGUUUCUGGGGACAUCAUGGCCCUUGGGGCCACCAAAGGCCUUGGGGCCACCAGGACUGUUGGAAACACCAUGGCCCUUGAGGCCACCAUGACUGCUGGGGCCACCAGGACUGUUGGGGCCAUCACAACCAUUGGGGCCACCAGACCUUGUGAGGCCACCAUGACCGUUGGGGCCACCAUGACCGUUGGGGCCACCACAACCCUUGAGGCCGCCACAACCGUUGGGUCCACCACGACUGUUGGGUCCACCACGACCCCUGGAUCCACCACAAUCCUUGGAUCCACCAUGAUCAUUGGAGCCACCACGACCCCUGGAUCCACCACCACCCCCAGAGCCACCACAACGCUUGGAUCCACCAUGACCAUUGGAGCUACCAUGACCCUUGAGGCCACCCCAACACCCAGAACUUCUGAGGCCACCACGAUCCUUGGGUCCACCAUGAUCGUUGGAGCCACCACGACCCCUGGAGCCACCACAACCGUUGGAUCCACCGUGACCCUCGAGGCCACCUCAACCCCUAGAACUUCUGAGACCACCAUGACCCUUGGAGCCACCAUGAUCUCUGGAGCCACCAUGACCCCUGGAGCCACCACCAUGACCGUUGGAGCCACCACAACCCCCAGAACUUCUGAGGCCACCACGACCCUUGGAGCCACCAUGACCUGUGGAGCCACCUCAACCCUUGGAGCCACCACGACCCCUGAAGCCACCGUGAUCUCUGGAGCCACCACGAGUCCAGAAGCCACCACGACCGUUGGGUCCACCACAACCUCUGGAGCCACCACAACCCUCGAGGCCACCACAACCCCCAGAACUUCGGAGGCCACCGCGACCCUUGGAGCCACCAUGAUCUCUGGAGCCACCAUGAUCUCUGGAGCCACCAUGACCCCUGGAGCCACCAUGAUCUCUGGAGCCACCGCGACCCUUGGAGCCACCAUGAUCUCUGGAGCCACCAUGAUCUCUGGAGCCACCAUGACUGUUGGAGCCACCGCAACUCCUGAAGCCACCACGACCCCUGAAGCCACCACGACCGUUGGGUCCACCACAACCUCUGGAGCCACCACAACCCUCGAGGCCACCACAACCGCCAGAACUUCGGAGGCCACCGCGACCCUUGGAGCCACCAUGAUCUCUGGAGCCACCAUGAUCUCUGGAGCCACGAUGAUCUCGGGAGCCACCAUGACCGUUGGAGCCACCGCAACUCCUGAAGCCACCACGACCCCUGAAGCCACCACGACCGCUGGGUCCCCCCCGACCCCCGGGUCCCCCCCCAUGUCCCCCGGCGCCCCGGGGGGGCCGCUGGCCGCCCUCCGCGCCCUCCUGGCCUCGCUGGGGGUGGACGCCCGGGGCCUGGGCGCCCCGUUCCGGGUGCGGGUGCCGGCGCGGGCCCCGUCGCCGGGGGCCCAGGCGGCUGCCGCCGGGCGCCACUGGCCGGCUCUGCCCCGCGCCGGUGUCCCCGCGUCCCCGACGCUGUCACCGGCGGAGGCGGCGGCCGCCCGGCGCGCCAUGGCGGCGGCGGUGGCGGCGGGGCGGCGGGGCCGGCGGAGGGGACACGUGGCGGCGGGGGCCGCCGCCGUGGAGCCGGCCACGGGCAGGGUGGUGGCGGCGGCCCACGACGGGCGCCGGGGGGGCCACCCGCUGCGGCACGCCGCCCUGGCGUGCCUGGAGGCGGUGGCGCGGGCCCAGCGCCGCGGUGACGUCAGCGGUGACGUCAGCGGUGACGUCACCGUGACGGCGUCGUACCUGUGCCGGGGGCUGGACGUGUACCUGACGCGGGAGCCGUGCGCCCUGUGCGCCAUGGCGCUGCUGCACGCCCGGGCGCGCCGGGUGCUCUUCGGCCUCGCCGCCCCGCAGGGCGCCCUGGCCAGCGGCCUGGGCCUCCACGGCCGCGCCGCCCUCAACCACCGGUACCAGGCCUACGGCGCCGUGGCCCCCCGCGCCUGCCGCCGCCUCGCCCGGCCCCCCCGGCCCCCCCGGCCCUCCCGGCUACCGGCGGCUGAGCACGGGGCCGCUCGGCGCACAGGUGAGUGCAGUGAACCAAGCUGCGGCUGAGGACGGGGCAGCUCGGUGCACGAGUGACACUGAGGAACUGAUGGGCUGAGGACGAAGCAGCUCGGUACACGAGUGACACCGAGGAACUGACCUGCAGCUGAGGACGGGGCCGCUCGGCGCACAGGUGAGUGCAAUGAACCAAGCUGCGGCUGAGGACGGAGGCGCUCGGCGCACGUGUGACACUGAUGGACUGAGGUGCGGCUGAGGACGGAGCCGCUCGGUGCACGAGUGAUACCAAGGAGCUGACCUGCAGCUGAGGACGGGGCAGCUCGGUGCACGAGUGACACCAAUAAAGCGAGCUGCAGCUGAGCCCAGAGCCGCUCGGUGCACGUGUGGAUGCAAUAAAGCAAGCUGCAGCUGAGGACGGGGCAGCUCGGUGCACGUGUAGGUGCACGAAACCAGCCUGCAGCUGAGGCCGGAGCUGCUCGGCGCACGGGUGACACUGAGGAACUGAUGGGCUGAGGAUGAGGCAGCUCGGUGCACGAGUGACACCAAUAAAGCGAGCUGCAGCUGAGCCCAGAGCCGCUCGGUGCAUGUGUGGAUGCAGUAAAGCGAGCUGCAGCUGAGGACGGAGCCGCUCGGCGCACGGGUGACACUGAGGAACCGAUGUGGGGCUGAGGACGGAGCCACUCGGUGCACGAGUGACACCAAGGAAGUGACCUGCAGCUGAGGAUGGGACAGCUCGGUGCACGAGUGACACCAAUAAAGCGAGCUGCAGCUGAGCCCAGAGCUGCUCGGUGCACGUGUGGAUGCGAUAAAGCGAGCUGCAGCUGAGGACGGAGCCGCUCGGUGCACGAGUGACACCAAGGAACUGACCUGCAGCUGAGCACGGGGCAGCUUGGCGCACAGGUGAGUGCAGUGAACCAAGCUGCGGCUGAGGACGGAGCCGCUUGGUGCACGAGUGACACCAAGGAGCUGACCUGCAGCUGAGCAUGGGGCAGCUCGGUGCACGAAUGACACCAAUAAAGCGAGCUGCAGCUGAGCCCAGAGCCGCUCGGUGCACGUGUGGAUGCAGUAAAGCGAGCUGCAGCUGAGGACGGAGCCGCUCGGCGCACGGGUGACACUGAGGAACCGAUGUGGGGCUGAGGACGGAGGCGCUUGGUGCACGGGUGACACUGAUGGACUGAGAUGCGGCUGAGGACGGAGCCACUCGGUGCACGAGUGACACCAAGGAACUGACCUGCAGCUGAGCACGGGGCAGCUCGGCGCACAGGUGAGUGCAAUGAACCAAGCUGCGGCUGAGGACGGGGCAGCUCGGCGCACGUGUGACACUGAUGGACUGAGGUGCGGCUGAGGACGGAGCCGCUCGGUGCACGAGUGACACCGAUAAAGUGAGCUGCAGCUGAGGACAGAGCCGCUCGGUGCAUGUGUGACACUGAGGAACUGAUGGGCUGAGGACGGGGCAGCUCGGUGCACGAGUGACACCAAUAAAGCGAGCUGCAGCUGAGCCCAGAGCCGCUCGGUGCACGUGUGGAUGCAAUAAAGCGAGCUGCAGCUGAGGCCGGAGCCGCUCGGCGCACGGGUGACACUGAGGAACCGAUGUGGGGCUGAGGACGGAGGCGCUCGGCGCACGUGUGACACUGAGGAACUGAUGGGCUGAGGACGGGGCAGCUCGGUGCACGAGUGACACCGAGGAACUGACCUGCAGCUGAGCACGGGGCCGCUCGGCGCACAGGUGAGUGCAGUGAACCAAGCUGCGGCUGAGGACGGGGCAGCUUGGCGCACGUGUGACACUGAGGAACUGAGGUGCGGCUGAGGACGGAGCCGCUCGGUGCACGAGUGACACCGAGGAACUGACCUGCAGCUGAGGACGGGGCCGCUCAGCGCACAGGUGAGUGCAAUGAACCAAGCUGCGGCUGAGGACGGAGCAGCUCGGCGCACAAGUGACACCGAUAAAGUGAGCUGCAGCUGAGCAUGGGGCCACUCAGUGCACAGGUGACACCAAGGACGUGACCUGCAUCUGAGAGCAGGGCAGCUGGGCGCAUGGGUGACACCAAUGAAUCGAGCUCCAGCUGAGCACGGGGCACCUCGGUGCACGGGUGACACCGAUAACCCAAACUGCAGCUGAGCACGGGGCCGCUCGGCGCACGGGUGACACCAAUAAAGCGACCUGCAGCUGAGAACGGAGCCACUUGGUGCAUGUGUGGACGCGAUAAAGUGAGCUGCAGCUGAGAACGGGGCAGCUCGGUGCACGUGUGGAUGCGAUAAAGCAAGCUGCAGCUGAGCACGGGGCAGCUCGGGGCACAUGUAGGUGCACGAAACCAGCCUGCAGCUGAGGCCGGAGCUGCUCGGUGCACGGGUGACACUGAGGAACUGAUGGGCUGAGGACGAAGCAGCUCGGUGCACGAGUGACACCAAGGAACUGACCUGCAGCUGAGCAUGGGGCAGCUCGGCGCACGAGUGACACCAAUAAAGCGAGCUGCAGCUGAGCCCAGAGCCGCUCGGUGCACGUGUGGAUGUGAUAAAGCGAGCUGCAGCUGAGGCCGGAGCCGCUCGGUGCACAGGUGACACCAAUAAAGUGAGCUGGAGCUGAGGACGGAGCCACUCAGCCCACGUGUGACACUGAGGAACUGACGUGGGGCUGAGGACGGAGGCGCUCGGUGCACGUGUGACACUGAGGAACUGAUGGGCUGAGGACGAGGCAGCUCAGUGCACGAGUGACACCAAGGAACUGACCUGCAGCUGAGCACGGGGCAGCUCGGUGCACGUGUGACACUGAUGGACUGAGCUGCAGCUGAGGACGGGGCCGCUCGGCGCACAGGUGAGUGCAGUGAACCAAGCUGCGGCUGAGGACGGGGCAGCUCGGCGCACGUGUGACACUGAUGGACUGAGGUGCGGCUGAGGACGAAGCCGCUCGGUGCACGAGUGACACCAAGGAACUGACCUGGAGCUGAGCAUGGGGCAGCUCGGUGCACGAGUGACACCAAUAAAGUGAGCUGCAGCUGAGGACGGAGCCGCUCGGUGCACGUGUGGAUGCAGUAAAGCAAGCUGCAGCUGAGGACGGGGCAGCUCGGUGCAUAUGUAGGUGCAAGAAACCAGCCUGCAGCUGAGGCCGGAGCCGCUCGGCGCACGGGUGACACUGAGGAACUGAUGGGCUGAGGACGAGGCAGCUCGGUGCACGGGUGACACCAAGGAACUGACCUGCAGCUGAGGACGGGGCAGCUCAGCGCACAGGUGAGUGCAAUGAACCAAGCUGCGGCUGAGCACGGGGCCGCUCGGCGCACGUGUGACACUGAUGGACUGAGGUGCGGCUGAGGACGGAGCAGCUCGGUGCACGUGUGACACCGAUAAAGUGAGCUGCAGCUGAGGACAGAGCCGCUCGGUGCACGGGUGACACUGAGGAACCGAUGUGGGGCUGAGGACGGAGGCGCUCGGUGCACGGGUGACACUGAUGGACUGAGCUGCGGCUGAGGACGGAGCCGCUCGGUGCACGAGUGACACCAAGGAACUGACCUGCAGCUGAGCACGGGGCCGCUCGGCGCACAGGUGAGUGCAGUGAACCAAGCUGCGGCUGAGGACGGGGCACCUCGGUGCACGAGUGACACUGAUGGACUGAGGUGCGGCUGAGGACGGAGCCGCUCGGUGCACGAGUGACACUGAGGAACUGAUGGGCUGAGGACGAAGCAGCUCGGUGCAUGAGUGACACCAAUAAAGCGAGCUGCAGCUGAGCCCAGAGCCGCUCGGUGCAUGUGUGGAUGCGAUAAAGCGAGCUGCAGCUGAGGACGGAGCCGCUCGGCGCACGGGUGACACUGAGGAACCGAUGUGGGGCUGAGGACGGAGGCGCUCGGUGCACGAGUGACACCGAGGAACUGACCUGCAGCUGAGCAUGGGGCAGCUCAGUGCAUGAGUGACACCAAUAAAGCGAGCUGCAGCUGAGCCCAGAGCCGCUCGGUGCACAUGUGGAUGCAAUAAAGCAAGCUGCAGCUGAGCACGGGGCAGCUCGGUGCACAUGUGGAUGCAAUAAAGCAAGCUGCAGCUGAGGACGGAGCCGCUUGGCGCACGGGUGACACUGAGGAACCGAUGUGGGGCUGAGGCCGGAGCCGCUCGGCGCACGGGUGACACUGAAGAACCGAUGUGGGGCUGAGGACGGAGGCGCUCGGUGCACGAAUGACACUGAGGAACCGAUGUGGGGCUGAGGACGGAGCCGCUCGGUGCACGAGUGACACUGAGGAACCGAUGUGGGGCUGAGGACGGAGCCGCUCGGUGCACGAGUGACACCAAGGAACUGACCUGCAGCUGAGGACGGGGCCGCUCGGCGCACAGGUGAGUGCAGUGAACCAAGCUGCGGCUGAGGACGGGGCAGCUCGGUGCACGAGUGACACUGAUGGACUGAGGUGCAGCUGAGGACGGAGCAGCUCGGCCCAUAAGUGACACCAAUAAAGUGAGCUGCAGCUGAGAACGGGGCCACUCAGUGCACAGGUGACACCAAGGAAGUGACCUGCAUCUGAGAGCAGGGCAGCUGGGCGCACAAGUGACACCAGUGAAUCGAGCUCCAGCUGAGCACGGGGCACCUCGGUGCACGGGUGACACCGAUAACCCAAACUGCAGCUGAGCACGGGGCCGCUCGGCGCACGGGUGACACCAAUAAAGCGAGCUGCAGCUGAGAACGGAGCCACUCGGUGCCUGUGUGGACGCGAUAAAGUGAGCUGCAGCUGAGCACGGGGCAGCUCAGUGCAUGUGUGGGUGCGAUAAAGCAAGCUGCAGCUGAGCACGGGGCAGCUCGGGGCACAUGUAGGUGCACGAAACCAGCCUGCAGCUGAGGACGGAGCUGCUUGGUGCACGGGUGACACUGAGGAACCGAGUUGGGGCUGAGGACGGGGCAGCUCGGUGCACGAGUGACACCAAGGAAGUGACCUGCAGCUGAGGAUGGGACAGCUCGGCGCACGAGUGACACCAAUAAAGCAAGCUGCAGCUGAGCCCAGAGCAGCUCGGUGCACGUGUGGAUGCGAUAAAGCAAGCUGCGGCUGAGGACGGGGCAGCUCGGCGCACGGGUGACACUGAGGAACCGAUGUGGGGCUGAGGACGGAGGCGCUCGGUGCACAAGUGACACUGAUGGACUGAGGUGCGGCUGAGGACGGAGCCGCUCGGUGCACGAGUGACACCAAGGAACUGACCUGCAGCUGAGCACGGGGCAGCUCGGUGCAUGAGUGACACCAAUAAAACGAGCUGCAGCUGAGGACGGAGCCGCUCAGUGCACGUGUGACACUGAGGAACUGACGUGGGGCUGAGGACGGAGGCGCUCGGUGCACGUGUGACACUGAGGAACUGAUGGGCUGAGGACGAAGCAGCUCGGUGCACGAGUGACACCAAGGAACUGACCUGCAGCUGAGGACGGGGCAGCUCGGUGCACGAGUGACACUGAGGAACCGAUGUGGGGCUGAGGACGGGGCAGCUCGGUGCACGGGUGACACUGAUGGACUGAGGUGCGGCUGAGGACGGAGCAGCUCGGUGCACGAGUGACACCGAGGAACUGACCUGCAGCUGAGGACGGGGCAGCUCGGUGCACGAGUGACACUGAGGAACCGAUGUGGGGCUGAGGACGGGGCAGCUCGGUGCACGGGUGACACUGAUGGACUGAGGUGCGGCUGAGGACGGAGCAGCUCGGUGCACGAGUGACACCGAGGAACUGACCUGCAGCUGAGCAUGGGGCAGCUCGGUGCACAGGUGACACCAAUAAAGCGAGCUGCA